AUGGCAUCGCCCAUGGAACUGGUAAAACAGUUGGGAAGUGGCGAUGUGGAUACCAUCGUGGCCGCAUGCCAGGAGCUCUCGGCAAUGAAAGCGGAGCCAGCGUCUCUCGCUAAGCUCCUCUCUCACAAGGAGCCAAGGGUUAAAGCAGCAGCAGCGCGCGCGCUUUGCGGCAUGGAUGGCGCCGAAGCCAGUGCACCAGUUUUGACCCAGAUGGUAACCGAUGCCGAUACGUACGUGCGCAUCGCCGCCUCCGAGUGCUUGAACUCCGUGGGAGUCAAAGCUGCCUCUCAGGUCGCUACCCUGGGCAAGAGCUUGACGAAUAGCAACCCGGGAGUCGUGGCUGCCGCAGCACACGCCCUCACGACGAUGGGUCCAUCCGCUGCAGACUAUGUGCAGCCGCUUGAGGCAGCGCUGUCUCUCGAGGCCGAGGAUAUCUCCACGCACAUGCUCACCGCGGCUGGUGUCAUGCCCAAGACGCCGGCAGUUCUGCGAAAGCCUGCUUGCGCAGCCGCAGCCGCCCUUGGCGUCCUGGGGAGUUCGUCUUCGGUCGCGAAGCUGAUGGAGCUCCUAAGCUCUAAGGACUGGGAGAUCAGAGCUGCCGCAGUGAUGGCCCUCAGCCAGAUGCAGGUGGGCUCUGACAGCUCCCGCUUCGAGUCGCAGCUGACGGAUCUCCUCAAAGACCCCGCGCCGGAAGUCUCUGCGGCCGCUUGCAAAGUCUUGGGUCAGAUGGCCCAAAACGGCAACCCGAGCUCUUCUACGGCCGCCGCAGUUGCCGAACUCCUCUCAGAUCCGAGCCCACAGGUCAAGGCAAGCGCAGCGGAAAGCUUGUCAUGCAUGGGAGACGAGGCAGAAGCAUUCUUGGAGCCGAUUUGCAAGCUCUUCAACGACAAGUCUUGGAAGGUGCGAGUGGCAGCCGUCCGGGCAGUGGCCGGUUGUGGUGAGCUUGGGCAGAUGUAUGCCUCGGAGGUCUGCAGAUUGACGACAAACAACGACGCCAGGACCAAGCUGGCAGCAGUGAAGGCACUGGAGCAGAUGGGAGAGCGAGGUGCCUGCUUUGAUGAGGAGGUCGAGAUGCUAAUGAGCGAUAACGACCCCGAAGUGGCGAUUGCUGCCAAGAAGGCCAUCCAGACCUUCUUUGACCUCAAGGCGGCAGCGAUUGAAAACCAGACGAAGAUGGCCAUCGCGGAGACGCCUGCGACUGCGAACCACGCUUCCCCUUCCCCGCCCUCGGAGCCUUCGGCGCCCUCUUCGGGAUCCUCAACGGCAGCCCUCCUCUUUCCAGGGCAGGGGUCGCAGUAUGUGAAGAUGAUGUCGGAUGUGAAGGACAUGCCGGCCGUCAAGGACAUGCUUUCAACGGCCCAGAAGAUCCUCGGCUACGAUCUUCUGAAGCUAUGCCUGGAGGGUCCAGAGGACCAGCUGGAGCAAACGAAGUUCUGCCAACCAGCUAUGUAUGUUGGGGGCCUCGCCGGCCUCGAGUUGCUUCGGAAAGAGAAUCCGGAAGCUGCUGAGAAGCCACGCGCAGUCGCCGGCUUGUCCCUUGGAGAGUACACGGCGCUCACUGUAGCCGGGGUCUUCGACUUGGAGACAGGCCUUCGGCUGGUGAAGCUGAGGGGAGAGGCAAUGCAGGAGGCCGCGGAGGCCUACCCACAGGAGAUGGUCACUUUUGCCGGACUCAAGAAGGAGGUAGUGGAGGGCCUGUGUGCCGAGUGCAGAUCAGGCGAUGAGGUGUGCCAGAUUGCCAACAUCCUCUUUCCCACCGGUUUCUGCUGUGCCGGAAGCAAGGCUGCCAUGGAGAAGCUGUUGGAGAAAGCCAGCAAGACAGAUGGUUGUCUGCAGGCAAGGUUGCUGUAUACCCCUUGGGCAUUUCACACCAAGUUGCAUGAUGCCCGCUCGCCACACGCUCUUAGCAGCUUUGAAAGAGGUCGAGCCUAA